GAAGUUACCAGAGAAGGAAAAAAAACUGUCGUAAUCGGCGCUAAUGGGCUUCCGAGACAUUUGUUACCGGAAACAUCACAAAAAGCUUAAGCAGUUCCAGAAGGUGGAGAUAAAAGUGAAGAUGGACUGCGAAGGGUGCGAGAGACGGGUGAGGAAGUCGGUGGAAGGCAUGAAAGGAGUCAGCAAAGUCACCGUCGAUCCUAAACAGAGCAAACUCACGGUCGAGGGAUUCGUCCAACCGAGCAAGGUGGUGCAUCGGGUGAUGCAUCGGACAGGGAAGAAGGCGGAGCUGUGGCCUUACGUACCUUACGAGGUGGUGCCACACCCUUACGCACCUGGUGCCUACGACAAGAAGGCCCCUCCUGGUUACGUUCGUAAUGCACUCGCCGACCCUCUAGUGGCCCCGCUUGCUCGUGCCAGCUCCUUCGAGGUCAAAUACACUUCUGCUUUCAGCGAUGACAAUCCCAACGCUUGUACCAUCAUGUGAUCAAUUCAUAUAUAUAGUUAACUACACAUGUGACUAUGUAAGUGUUUUUAGAUACCCUUUUUAAGUAAUUCUGAAAAGACAGUCUGAAUGUUUGUACGAGUCAUCAUCUAAAUUCCACUGAAAUUAAAAGGGAGAAACAGAAGAAGAGAGAGGUGAGUAGAUGGAGGAGUAACAAGAGAAAGAAGAGAGAAAGGUGAGAAGCCAUGAAUAGACUGAUUAGGCAAGCCAUGACCCAAACAGGGUAUAUCAGAAGCAGUGUGUAACAGAUGACGACAAGGCAGUAGCAGACGAGACUCGCCACUUUCUCGAUAGCUUCUCCCACCGGCAUCUUGAUUUGCGUAUUUGCUACUCCUCUGGAUUACAUGACUUCAUUUAAAUAAAUAGUAAGAAACACACACAGUCUUUGGAGAAAUACAUGCACCAGAAGUUGUUUCCUCUCUAAACGGGACAAUGCAUCCCGCAUUUCAGCCCUUCCUCUGUUUCUUCUUUUUCCCCUCUGUUUUUGCCUCUUCACUGUGUUUACAUAACAGAAACGUGCUUUGUCAUAAAGCUCAAGUAACAAUUUCAAGAGGC